AUGACCGACACAGAAGACAGCAGGAAUGAAAAGCGACAAGACGAUGGAGCCGAAGGACUAUGGCCGAUCGGUGAUGAAAUCUAUGACCUCGAUGGAUGGGCAACAAACCAUCCGGACGGUUCCGAGUGGAUAACGCUCAUCCAGGGGACCGACAUCACGGAGGCAUUCGAGGUGUUCUCUGACCUUGAGCCAUUCCGUUCGUUCCUUGAAUUCUCAAACCUUGCAAUUUUUACAUCUAUUCCAUUCUUGUCACAGGCACAUCAUGUAACGCUUCUUGCUGAACGUCUGCUGCCAGAGUUCUACGUCCGAGAAGCGACCACCCCGAGAUCCUGUCCUUUCACCUUCAAAUCCGAUGGCUUUUAUCGAAUAUUCGAAGAACGUGCCAGGGAAGCCCAAAAGCAUGUCGACUUUCACAAUCCAACGAAGACAUGGAAUAGAAAUUCUUAUAUGACGAGGAGCUCCCCACAGACUCCUCGUUUCUCAGGGGUUCUUCUUACCUGGACUUCGAUAACCGGUAACAAUUUCAUGCAUCAGGGAGAUUUCUUUUGUAUGUACUUUAUGGACCUGCUAUUACAGACCUCAAGAGAAUGGAGAAUCAACCGCGGACUGAGUCACCAUCUAUUCACCAAAACUGUCCAAGACAUGCAGAUAGCUGCAUUCGAACAACUGAUAUUCUGAUAUUUAUAAUAGUAAAAUAUUUAGUCAUGCAAUAAAUAAAAAUUAAUAAAUAGUAAUAAAUCGAGCCAAGUGACCAUUUCAGAGAGAGUACGAGCGGACGAAUUCAUUUUAGGUAGCCAACGGAGGGUUGAUUGCAAUCUGUUAAACUAUAUGAUGAGUCUGAAAACAUUUUAGGAUAGCACACUGUACGCUUUGGCACUGUCUGGAAAGUAUCAACGUGGUUGCACAAGGCUAUCGGGGGUAUCAAGAUGUCAGUGAAAUAUCACGAAAGGAGAUGAUGGCAGCUUGCUCUCAACGCUUGCUUCUGGAAAACGAUUUAAUUCUAUUUAUUUCACGGCAUUAUUACCCUCUGGAUAUUAUAUUAUACCUUUGAUAGAUUGCUUUAUAGGUUGCAAUUUUAUUACGUAUUUUGACCAAACAGUGGAG